CUGUCCCAGUGACAUGGCAAAAGCUUUUGGCCAUGGUGGCGACUCCAUGUUGAUCUUACCAGCCGCUCAGCUACGAACUGCUUUUUUACUGGAAGGAUGAGCCGUUAUUUCCAUUCUCUGCUUCUGUGGUCAGCUUUGGACUCAGUUUUUGACCAUCCCUGCUAAAAGACAAUUUGGCUUAGAUUUUAAACUGAAGCUGACCAUGGUGCGCAAUGUGGAUGACUUGGACUUCUGCCUGUCUUCCCAUCCUCAGAGCAUCCUAGAAGGAUUGCGCUCACUCUGCUCUCACCCCAAACUGGUCGAUGUAACAUUGAGCACUGGCGGUCGGGACUUCCCCUGUCACCGUGGCGUGUUGGCCCUCUGCAGCACAUACUUCCACAGCAUGUUCUCAGGGGACUUUGUGGAGAGCAUAGCUGCACGUGUGGAGCUUCACAAUGUUGAUCCUGAUAUACUCAGCUGCUUGCUGGACUUUGCCUAUACAGGCAAACUCACCAUCAACCAGAGCAAUGUGGAGGGGCUGAUCUGCACCUCCAGCCAGCUGCAGUUCCAGACAGUGAGAGCCGUGUGCAGCCGAUACCUUCAGCACCAGAUUGAUGCAACCAACUGUCUGGGAAUCCUGGAAUUUGGGGAGAUCCAUGGCUGCCCUGAGGUGAUGGCCAAAGCGUGGGCUUUCCUCUUGGAGAACUUUGAGGCUGUUCAACAAGGUGAGGAGUUUCUACUGUUGGGAAAGGACAGGUUUGUUGCCUGCCUGUCCGACGAAGGAUUACAAAUCCGGACAGAGUGCACUCGUGUGGAGGCUAUCUUGAAAUGGGUCAGGUACCAGGAGUCUCGGCUGUUCCAUCUCCCGGAACUCUUCACCUUGUCCCGUCUCCCUCUGCUCACCGUGGACUACCUGGCUGACACCUUGCUGAAGGACAGUCUGGUGCAGGCCUCUCCCAGUUGCAGAGAGGCUGUGGAAAAAAUUCACAGAGAGAAAAUGGAUUUGGCACCAGAAAACACGGGCAGACUGGACCCUCAGAGUCCACAGCCAAACCUGCAAGAGGUGCUGGUGGUAAUGGGAGGUCGUUCACUGGAUGACUCAGAUGAAGAAGAUGACUCGGAUGAAGAGGACAGAGACCCAAGACUGCAAAGACUGCUGCAUAGGAACUGUGCCUUUUACAACACAGUCACAAAACAGUGGCAUGAGCUCCCUAAUUUCCCCAACCCUAACAAGUGGGGUUACGCCAUGGUCUCCUUGAACAAUGAUGUGUAUGUGACAGGGGGCUCGCGAGGUUCAAAUACCAACACCUGGUCGACCACAGAGACCUGGAAGUACAUCACAAGAGAGGGGAGGUGGAUUACUGUGGCACCCAUGCUCCGGCCUCGGACUAACCACACGUCGGCAACACUCAACGGGGAGAUUUACGUCAUUGGAGGUACAACGUCAAAUCGUGUUGAAGUUGAGCAUUAUGACCCUUACAGCGACACCUGGGCCUUGACAUGCCCUGCCUUAAAAUACGUGACUAACUUCACAGCCACAGCGUGUCAUGGGAAGCUCUAUGUGAUUGGCUCGUGUGCUAUGAAGUACAAUGCUUUGGCCAUGCAGUGUUACAACCCUGUUAUAGAUAACUGGCUCAACAUCUGUUCCCCUUUCCUUCCAAAGUACUUGUCCUCUCCUCGUUCUGUCUGUGUGGAUGGAACUAUAUAUCUACUUGCUGACAACACUAAGAAAGUCUACUCUUAUGAUCCAGAUGCAAACAUGUGGCAGAAGGUCCAGCUUCUUCACAUGCUCCAUGAGAACGGUGGCCUGGUAGCGCUGGAUGGCAAGCUGUAUGUCACUGGAGGCCAUUGGAAAGGUAUGGAGGGGGACUACGGUGUGGAAGUGGAGGUUUACAACCGAACAAGC